AUGUUAGGCCUCCGGGCUGGGGCUUGGUUCAACUUCAUUUUUGGAAGGCAGUAUGCUGGCAUACCACGAGAAAUCGACGCCGCCCAUUCGGUCUCACUUGUCGAGAGAAACCCGGUAGUUAUUACUGAAACCGUGAUGGACACUCACACCGUUGCUGUCCCCAAGACAACAACUGUUGAGGUUACAUAUCAUGUUCCACUCAACACUUCCACGAGCGCCACGAGCGCCACGAUACCUUUUGCUUCGACAGCGAUAUCGAACUCUACGUCCGCGAUCAAUCCAUCGCUACUCCUAAGCGACGGCCAGCAAUUUCCUACCAGCGCGGCUGAAGAGGAUAUUUUGCCGGAGACGAGCGACGCAAACGAGACGACAGCGCCUACGGAAACAGCUGCCCAGCCGACGACUCAAGAGGCUCCUCUGGAAACACCGGACGAGGCUCGGCUGGAGGAUGGACGGAAUACGGAGGACGCACAGUAUCCUACGUCCGAAGUUCUCCUAUUUGACAGCGCAUCACUGACUUGGACUGGUCCGGCUGGUAUUUCGUCGACAACACGCCAGACUAGAUCGGGAGCCACGACUGCCGCUUCUGCUCCCGAGUCUACUCAAGCUUCCGAUGGCAUCGUUCCCGAUGACAAUGAGACGGGCAUCACUGAUCCUCGACCAUCUUUGACAACGUCAACCCUACCUGGCGGUCUUAUCACCACCGUCGGGCUUGAUGCCACUGCUGGGUCCGACAAGGCUUCGGAGACUGACGAUGGUGCUGGCAUUAUCAGCCAGGAAUCCAACGAAACCAAAUCGACACCAGUCAUUGUGGGAAGCAUUAUCGGCUCCUUUAUGGGACUGUCAAUGCUAGUGUUUCUUUUGUGGUUCGUGAAGAGACGCUCUUCACGGAAACGCAGAAGCACACUCCUGACUCCCCUUGGCCUGCCUCUGCCACCGAGCGGACCUAGCAGCAGUGACGGUGAGACAUAUGAGACUAAUAACCACUCACUAGGUCCGACUCCUCGUUCCACUAAGGUGGCGGCUGCUGUGACCGUUAAUGCUAAUAAGUUCGGUCGAGCGCUCCGACUAUCAACCAGCGGCUCACCCCAUGUCAACAUGAACCGAGGAAACUCGCAGUUCCUCGAAUCUACUCCACCCCAUAGCCGUCCAUCUAUGGGACAGUACCACAACCGGGCGAGCUCGUCGCCCGAGGUGGUGCAGGGAUGGUGGUCACGACUCAUUCCAGAAUCGAGCGCCGAGCAGCCUUCCACCCAGGACAUGGCGGAAAAGGGGCGGGAGACGACACGAUCGUCCAGCCCAAACCCCCUUUCUGAUGCUAAUGCGAUACCCAUGCCCCGAGGCAUCCCCUAUUCAGAUGGCAACAACAUGUCUCAAGGCUCGCUCGUUCCUCCUCCUUUGGCUCCCGGUCGACAACAGCGGCCUCCACGACCGCCGCGAUCCGACGACCCGUUCGCUGACUCGGACUCGAUUACAUCACAAGGUGCUGUCCGGCUCACUCCCACGACCUAUGUGGCUGAUGUUCAGGAAUCUCGGGGCCCGUCCAUGUAUCGCAACCUCACUCCCCAGGCGCCUGGAAAAGCGGACCUUGCGCCGCCCAUGAAACAAGCAUGGCGCGACAGCAUCCACUCCAACCCCUUUGAUCUGGAGCUCGAUGGUCGACAUGUUCCUAGCGCGAGCAACAUUUAUUCCGUGUCGCGCUACACCGCCGCCAGUUCCUUCCACAGCAUGCCAAAGCGCACGACAACACACUCCCGCAGUGAGAGCUUCAAUACACGAGCGGGGUCAGCAUGA